AUGGUUGAUGGUGCUAAUCGUGGAUGGCAUGACAGUAAUGGUGUGUUCAACAAACUAAUUGUCAUAACUAAAAUACUUCCUAAACUUAAUGAAGCACUUGAGUGUAAUAAAACCUAUACUCAAUAUCAAAGCCAUUUGAAACGCAUUAAUAUGUUAUACAUUUUUUAUUUUAUAUUUGUCAAUCUCAUCCAUCAGAAAUCCCUUCGCACAGACAAUUUUUUUGACUUUGAGGAUUUGAAAAUCGCUGUUGGAAAUGGAACUGUUACUGGAAACUCUCUUGGAUUAGGAGGAGAUGAUACUAAUGCAAGAAGUUAUAGUUAGGAAGAAAAUACACAUGUUAAUAUAGAAGAUCUUGUAUAUGAUGAAAAUAAUGAAGCAUAUGUGGAAACUCAAAGUGAUUCAUCAUAUCAAGAACUUUUAUCUGAACAUAAUGAAUCACCAGUGCCAGAAUCUGAUCCCUAUUUAGAAGGUCUAGAAUCAAUUGGAAAAAUUGCCACUAAAAUUCAAGGAAUCCGUAACCUAAUGGAGAAAAGGGAAUCGGAAAAUAGUGAAAAAGAGUAA